AUGGAACCUCUAACGGCUCUCUCUCUCCCUAGCCCCUCUCUCUCUCUCACGCCUCACCCCGGUCCACGGCCUUCGGCGCCGUCACCGACCAUCGGCGCCGACCCGACCCGACCACCGGUCCCCGGCGUCGAACCGUCGUCGCCGGCCGAACGACUUUCUCUCUCUCCCUACCCUCUCUCUCUCCCGCGCCCCGGUCUCCGGCCCCAUCGCCGUCGCCGACCUACGGCGCUGACCCGACCCGACCCCCGAUCCCGACCGCCGGUCACCGACGCCGACCCCCAUUGCCGAACGCCGGUUCCUCGCCCCCCCACUGUACCCCCACCCCCACCCUUCUCUGUCCAGACCCCCACCCCCACCCCCAUCCCCCCUUCUCCGACGCCGGUACAACAGUCCAACAGCCGAAGCUCGGUCUUUUACCACAACCGCCGCUCGAUCGACAGCAGCCGCAGAUCCAUCUCAGCAGCGAAAUCCCCCGGCAGCAAGUCAACGCAGGGCUUGGUUGCCGGCUUGGUCUACAAGCGAAAUCUGUUUAUGGUCCCAUCUAUACCAGAUGAUUAUGGUGAAGUUUUCUUAAUAAGGUAUGAUGUUCCAAAAACAAUUAUUGAUGUGGAUGUCGAAGGAUUUCUUGCUCAACAACUUAAAGUUGAGCAUCACAAUGAGUCUGAAGACGAGUCUGAAGAUGUGUAUGAAGAAGAGUAUGAAGAGGAGUUUGAAGAUGAGCCUAAAGACGAUGUUGAUUUUGAGGAUGAACCAUGA